AUGGAGCUACAUCCCGAGUCCGUAGCGCAGUGGAGGGAAAUGUGGAUAGACAACGACCACGACGUCGCGGGACACAACAAUACGCCGAGCACUGCCCUCGCCUCUCCUGGUCCCCCCAGCGUCCUGGCCCGUCUCAAGCUAGUACGAGCUACCACGGUGCACGAUGUUGGCAAGGGGCCCGAAUGUUCAUUGGGGCAAACUGGCUAUGGCUCCAUACUCGUGGGGAUGGUCCAGAGGCGAACAUACUCGAACCGGUCUGGCGGUUAG